AUGGUAAUAAGUACAGAGUUAAAGAACCCUGUUAAUUAUACUGGUGGUACAAUAGUGAUGUUAAACCCUGCAAUCCUUGACUCGUUAAAACGUGAAAAGGCUUCAAUUGAUUUAAUUAAACAUUUAGAUCAAAGAUAUUUUUCAAUUUAUAGAGUAACAGAAAUUUUAGAAAAAAAAUAUGGAUCAGAUGUUGCGUAUUCACUUGUCCGUUUAACAAGAGGAUUGGCAAGUCCACGAGCUGGUGCUAGACAUGGAUUUGCAUUAGCUUUAACUGAGCUCCUUGCAAGUUUAGAUUCUUUGGAAUACCGAGAAAUUGCAGAUGGAUCAGAUGUAAUAUAUGGUCGUAUUUUUGGCUACCUGUCAAUUAUUCGAUCAGGUUUGAUCUGGAGAAAAUAUUCAGAUAGUAAAGAUUACUUUGAAGUGAUUGAUGAGCUAAUUACUUGUUCAAAAAGUAAACCUUACGUCAAGGAGACUUGUUAUCAUAUUAUUAUUUCUACUAUUCCACACUUAAAAAAUUCUACUAAAUUUGAGAACAAAGCUUUAGAACAUCUUUUGAUAGUCUUACAAAAUCAAUGCAUUCAUGGAAUUAACAAUCCAGAUGACCUUAAUCUAGCACUUUCAAUAGAAAUCAAUUAUCCAGAAGUCGUAGAUAAUGAUAAAUGGAAGAAAAUUAUAUUACAUGAAUGUAAAAAAUGUGAAGGUGGGUGGUCGAAGCCUCAAAUACUUCAUAUUAAAAAUAUAGAAAAAUUAUCAACUGCUCUACAGAACUAA